AUGGCCCCCAUCUCCCCCCCAAACACCCUUGCCUACCCGUCGCCCUUUGGAAGAGAAAAGGGCAAGAAAAAGAGAAAAAAAUGGCAUCCCUUAACGAAAAAGAAGGUUGCGGGAGUCCCAAGCGCAACCUUCCCCCUCCACCAAGCUUAUUAUUACUCCACAUUCGCUUUGCAAAGGCUGCUCUUCUUCCCCCGCUCUGUUAGUCGUAAAGAACUCUCCAGGCAGCAUCGCUUAUGCUACCUAGCACGACCUAUCAAGGAAUGGGCUGGCUGA